UUGUGUAAACAUUUUCUGUUAGUGUUACUACCAGGACAAGUGCAAAGGCCUAUUCCGUAUAUAAUAUCUACCUAAAACUUUCAAGGUCAGAUGCUAUUCUCAAUUCAGAGUACGCGUUGUAUUAUCCAUCAAUCCAAUUCUCAUGAAAUAUGAAUUAGAAUCGAUUGUUUUGGUUAUUCUUGUAAUGGUCAAGACCUAAUUAUGUUAAUGUUUACAGCAAGAAUAAUCAUAUUGACACUUAAGUAAUACAUAUGUUCAAUUUAGUAAUGCAUAUCAAUAGCACUUACGUCCUUCCGUCCUGACUGUCGGCAUUCAGUUAGAACCAUGCAUCAUGAUAGCGUGGGUCUUGUACAGCCCACCGUGUCGGUCCUCAGAGUCUGCGGGGUCUGUCCUUCAGCGCUACGAACCGUGUAUAUUCCUCUCAGCACCAGGGUAUACGGAUGUGUCCUAGCCAUCACGUUUCUGUUCUCCUCAUCAGUUAUUCUUUGGACGCAUAUUGGCGCCUAUAAUGAUAUCACUGCUUUCAUAUUUUCAGCUUCCUUGAGCUUUGGUAUGGCUCAGCAGGUGAUUCUGCUCACAUCCUCCUUCUUGACUUGCAGAACGCUGUCGCGAUUCUUCAUGAUCAUGGAGUCUGCCCAGCAGAACCUGUUCGACCUGAACAUCAGACAACCUCCUAAUCCGUCUGUGAGGUCACAGAUCUGUUGGAUGGCUCUGAUGUUCGCCCCGUCUUGCGCGAUGAUAGGGUUGCUCAUCUCGUACGAGAGUAAUGUUUACUACGUAAUUUCUGCUACCUUUGAAGGCCUCGUGACAGUCGGAACCGCUUGUAAGAUGAGAGUACUUUUCCAUCUCUUGAACGAAAAGUUCGGCCUGCUCAACUGGCACUUGGACGACCUGAACAACCGAUGGCCUCUGUUCCUUCCGCGCCCCACUGACGUCAGUUUCAGGGAACUGCCCUCCGUGGCCUUGUGGCGCAGGAAGAAGUUCGUCCUUCUACGUCACGACACGAGAACUGUCACUGCUGAAAAGAUCCGAAACUUCAAUAAGGCUCACUUGAAAUUGUACUACGCUUACAGAACCCUCAACUCGCUGUUCUACUGGUCAGGGUUGAUCAUGUGUGUAAACUCAGGUACCAAUUUGGUAUACAACACGUUCCUACUCUUCUCAUCAUUUAGAUUGAAAGGAUUUAUAAUCAACGUCAUUUUGGUGCUUAGCAUUGCAAACCGCAUCCUUUACUUAGGUGUAAUGUUGACAAUGACAACCAAAAUCGAGGAAAAGGUAUGUACUUUAAAUUCAUUUCAUAAUAGUGUAUGCGUAGGUUCUAGCUCCAAUCGAUUAAUUGCACAAAAAUGUGACAAUAAUUAUUUCCUGUAGUUACAUAUUUAAGUUAAGUAAAUUACAAAUUUGCAAACUUUUCAUGAAUGUAUUUACGGUCUAAAAUGUUCCUGAUGUAAAAUGUGACGUAGUUGAGUUGCAGACUUGAUAAAUUUAUACUAAUUUGUACGAGUGAGUAAAUACAAUUACUGCUUUACAUAUUAAAUCUAACCUGGUAAAUAUUUAGCCAUUUAUAUUACUUUGUUAUGUUUUACAUAACCAUAUAAAAAUCAUUACCUUUUACUUAUAUGUUACUUGUAAACAAAAAGUAUAUAAUUUUUCUAAGCAUGAAUCGUGGUAGCGUAUAUAUUCCAAACUAAUGGAAUAGUAAAAGUGAUAUCAUGUUAUUGAAACAUUCUUAUUGGAACUAGUUGACAAUUUUCUAGGUAAGCAUUUUUCUCACGAAAUAAGUUUAAGGCAUUGUCGAUGUAUUUGUUGAAGCUCUGGUUCGGAUGUAAAUCAAAACUUUACAUACGCAUUUUUUAGGGUAAUCUCCAAAAAUAACUACAAAGUACUAUGUAAUGUGUAAUAAAUUUAAGAAAACUUACAUAAACUUUGAUUUGUUAAAAGUAGUUAUUUAAUAGUUAUUAAAUAGUUAUUUAAAAUAACAAAAUUUAUAGGCAUGACUAACAUUAAUACACUCUAGUAUUAACUCAACACACUCUAGUGUUGAUGUUCUAGACAUCUAAAGAUCUCAAAGUUUUAAUAGAUAAUGAACGAUAUUUAUACAUAUUAUGAACUAAAAACAUUUAAUUUAAGUUCUAUGGAUGAUUAAUAUUGACCAAAAUGCUUUACAGAAUCCAUUCAAAGGUAAGACACCGCAGUGUCUUGUGUUUUUUUGCACCAAGCAGUUUUUUUUAUUAAGCUUUAUGGAACUACAGUACAGUGUAUGGAAUGUGUGAUAAAAGAAAUUUUAAUCUCGUUUUGUCCAAUCAGAGCAAGAGAACCGCGCUGUUGGUCCACGACUUGCUAGACGAAGACGGACAUUCAUCGGAAGUACUACAAGAGCUCGAGACGUUCUCCCUGGCUCUACUGCACCGCAAAGUCAACUUCUCGGCCGCAGGCUUCUUCGACAUGAACCUCAAGCUUGUCUCAAGGAUGGCGAGCGUGAUGGCGCCGGUGAUCCUGUUUCUUAUACAGAACGACAACAGACCUAGAGCUGGGAGGCGGCCACGUCUGUCUUGAGGGCGGUCGGACAGAUACGCCUGUCUAGAAACACUGCUUAGUAUUCUCAACGUAGAAGUGUUUCAGUAAAUGUUAAAAAAUACAAGUGUAAUAGCUUUAUAGUAGUAGAAUGUAGUAAAAUAAUAAAAAACAGAUUUGAUAAUGAUUGGGCCAAACAUUAAAAUGGA